UCAAUUCCCAAUUCUCCCACCACCACCAGAAACCGUCACCACCGCCGUCCACGGUGGUGAAAAGGAGCUUCCUCAUCGCCGCCGCCGCAGCAGAAUAAAGUUCAGAUUUUUAAUAUGGGUCAGGGGUUCAGUUGUGGAACAAGUGAUGAACACGGAUUGUUUACUGCUGUUCAGUGUGGUGAUUUGGAGACUGUAAAAGCUCUGUUUGAGAGAAACCCAAGUCUUGUUCAUCAUUCUACAGUUUAUGAUCGACAGUCUGCUUUACAUAUUGCUGCUGCCAAUGGCCAAAUUGAGGUUGUUUCUAUGCUUUUAGACAUGUCUGUCAAGCCUGAUUUAUUGAAUCGGUAUAAGCAGACUCCACUGAUGCUAGCAGCAAUGCACGGGAAGAUCUCUUGUGUGCAAAAGCUUAUUGAAGCCGGGGCCAAUAUUUUGAUGUUUGAUUCAUUGAAUGGGAGAACAUGCUUGCACUAUGCGGCCUAUUAUGGGCACUCUGAUUGUCUCAAAACAAUUCUUUUUGCUGCUCGGACAUCACACAUUGCGUCUUCUUGGGGAUAUGCCCGGUUUGUGAACGUUAAUGAUGGUAAAGGAGCAACACCUUUGCACUUAGCAGCUCGUCAAAGACGGGCUGAUUGUGUUCAUAUUUUACUAGACAAUGGUGCUCUUGCUUGUGCUUCUACCGAUGGAUAUGGUUUCCCAGGUAGUACACCACUUCAUUUGGCUGCAAGAGCUGGUUCUCUUGAUUGUAUCCGUGAAUUGUUAGCAUGGGGAGCAGAGCGAUUACAAAGAGAUGAUUUGGGGAGAAUACCAUACACAAUUGCUUUAAGAUACAAACAUGGUGCAUGUGCAGCGUUGCUGAAUCCUUCAUCUGCAGAGCCUCUUGUCUGGCCAUCGCCAUUGAAAUUCAUCAGUGAGCUGAAUGAAGAGGCAAAACAUUUGCUAGAAUGUGCACUGAUGGAGGCUAACAAGGAGAGGGAAAAGAACAUCCUGAAAGGAACAACUUAUUCGCCACCAUCGCCAACCAAUUCCGAUAAUGGGAUGGAUGACAACAUCUCUGAGGUCAAUGAAACAGAAAUUUGUUGUAUAUGCUUCGAUCAAGUAUGCACGAUUCAGGUCCAGGACUGCGGGCACCAGAUGUGUGCACAUUGUGUACUGGCGUUAUGCUGUCAUAAAAAGCCUAAUCCUACUACUACCAGUCCUAUUGCACCUGUGUGCCCAUUCUGUCGAAGCAACAUUGUUCAAUUAGAUGUUAUCAAGCUGGAAAAGGACGAUGGAACUAGCCACGAUAUUGUUUCCCCCUCAAAGCUUAGGAAGUCUAGGCGAUCAAGAAACUUCAGCGAGGGGAGUAGCAGUUUUAAGGGCUUAUCUGCAGUAAGCUCUUUCGGAAGAAUGGUUGGUCGGGGCUCUGGUAGAAUUGCUGCUGAAAACGAAUACAUUGAUAAGCCAAUAAUCCUUGACUAAUAGCAGAAUUUUGCAUCAAGACUUCUAAUUAGCAUGAUUUUUUAAGAGCAUCCUAAAUGGUACAUAUCGAUAAAUCUCUAUCCAAUCUUCUUGAUAGGGAGUAAGCAAAAUCAAAUGGAUUUUAGCGGUUGGAUUGAUAUGUAUUAUAUUGUUACCACAUUUUUUUACAGUUGAAAUAGAAGGAAUUCUUUGACAGUUGCCUCAUUUUUUGUUCUGUUUUGUCCUGGCUGAUGAAAAUUCAACAUUCUCUCGA